GUCGUCUGUCGUGUGUCGGCGUGUCGGCCCAGUUGAGUUCUAUUUCAUCCGAAAUUAGCUGAGGUUAGCUCCCGUUCAGCAAGGGAGAAUCGUGAAGGAUUAUACUCCAAAUGGCACAUGCAACGAGGCUGCUCAUAACAACCGGGAAUUUCUUUAAAAACACCUGCAAUCCCUUUUCGAUGGCCGCGAGAUUCUCUAGCUCAUGGUGGUCUCAUGUUGAAAUGGGACCACCAGAUGCCAUUCUGGGAGUCACUGAGGCUUACAAGAGAGAUCAGAAUCCGAAAAAAGUCAAUUUGGGUGCUGGCGCUUAUAGAGAUGAUAAUGGCAAACCGUAUGUUCUUCCGAGUGUUCGUAAGGCAGAAGAGAAAAUACGAAUCAAAGAAAUGGACAAGGAAUACUCGACAAUUGCUGGCAAUAUCGAGUUUUGCCAGCAAAGUAUUAAUCUAGCUCUUGGAGAUGGAAAUGAAGUUGUCACAAAUGGAUUGAAUGCAACAAUCCAAGGAAUUUCUGGUACUGGUUCUCUGUUUGUUGGAGCACAAUUUCUGUCUCAUCAUUUUGCUGGCAAUAAGGACAUUUAUCUACCAACUCCUACUUGGGGGAAUCACAUUCCUCUUUUUAAACUUGCCGGGCUUACAGUCAAGUCCUAUCGGUAUUAUGAUCCGAAAACAUGUGGUUUAGAUUUUAAAGGAUUAAUGGAAGAUAUAUCUAAUAUCCCUGAGAGAUCAAUUAUCCUUCUACAUGCAUGUGCUCACAAUCCCACCGGUGUUGAUCCCAAACCGGAACAAUGGGGAGAAUUGUCCACUCUGAUAAAGAAGAAAAAUCUGUUUCCAUUCUUUGAUAUGGCAUAUCAAGGCUUUGCCUCAGGAGAUCUUACAAGAGAUGCUCAUGCAGUCAGACUAUUCAUUGAGGAAGGUCACAAAAUUGCCUUAGCUCAAUCCUUUGCAAAGAAUAUGGGUCUUUAUGGUGAACGCAUUGGAGCGUUCAGUUUAGUAACAUCUAGUAAGGACGAGGCUGCACGUACCCUGUCACAAUUGAAGAUUCUGAUUAGGCCGAUGUAUUCAAACCCACCGAUUUAUGGAGCCCGUAUAGUUAAUGAGAUCCUCAGCGAUCCUGAAUUGCGAAAGGAGUGGUUACGUGAUGUGAAGGGUAUGGCCGAUCGUAUUAUUUCAGUUCGCACAAAGCUGCGUGACAAUCUGAAGAAGAACGGCAGCACUCGUGAUUGGUCUCACAUUACGAAUCAGAUCGGAAUGUUCUGUUACACUGGUCUAAAGCCAAACGAGGUGGAAAGACUCACAAAGGACUUCAGCGUUUAUCUUACUAAGGAUGGCCGUAUCUCCAUGGCUGGCGUGACGUCGAAAAACGUAGAAUAUCUGGCGCAUGCAAUGCACGAAGUUACCAAGUAACUUCCUCUACACUAUUGGCAACAUACUAUCAUUCACCCAAAACCGCCUUGUCAAUAUCCAAUAAUAAUAUAUAGCGCCCACUAUCUCUAUUUUAUUGUAUACGAAUUGAACAAUUCAAAGUAACAUUUAAUCAAGAUCAUGGAAAAAUAUGUAAGAACCACACAGCACGGAUAUGAAAUGAUAUGUUCUUCAA